AUGGUCAGCAUCUUUGUCGCAGCCUAUUCAGCUGACUUCGCCUCCAAUAUCCUAGGCCGCCUCCUCGUUUUAUACAUUGGCUGCAUCCCCUGCGUUGUAGGUGUCGUAGUCCAGAGCUUCGCCGAAUCUGCCAUGACCAUCUUUGGUGGCAAGCUCGUCAGCACCCUGGGCUUUGGUCUCGGCCAUGUUCUCGCUCCUGUCUUUAUCGCCAAGAUCGCGCCUAAAGAACUACGCGGUGCCUGCCUCACCCUCAUCAACAACAUGAUUGUCUUACCUGUGCCCGUUCUGCCUGAGUCACCAUCGUGGCUUCUGCUCAAGGGCCGUCGCGAGGAGUCGGGCAGGUCGCUGGAAAAGUUCCAUGGGGCUGAUCUUGAUGUUGGGACGAAUACCUGCCGUCCCGGAGGCCGCCGUCGAACAAGAGCAUUCCGUUUUCCAAGACGAGGCAUCUCUAGCCACGGCCGUCUCAUUGUUCAAGGGAUAGCUGCCAUGACGGUGCUGCUCUUUGUCAUUGGCUGUUUCGCCAUACCAACGAAUAACCAGCAAGCCUUGAGUGCGAUGGUAGCCCUUAUGGCUUUCUGGGGUUUCCUCGCGCCGAGACUUUCGCCGUUGGAGACGAGACACCGACAGCCCGCCUGCACCAGAAGACAUAUUCCAUCAACAUCAUGCCGAGCACGGCGGCUGGAACCCUAG